AUGAAGACGCCGGUUUUUUGGUUGACACUUUUAUUUGUUGCCAUUUUUGUUGGCAAAAAUGAGGCCAGCUCAGGUUAGUUUUUCUAUGUUUUUUAAUUCUGCUUGAAUUUUCAAAAAAAAAAAAGAAGUUUGCAAACCUUUCAUGUAAGUCUUUGCUCCUUGAUCCUAGGAAAAUUAUUUGAAAAAUGUUUCAAACAAAAGUUUUGCUCAUGAUUGUUUGUUUUGAAAUUUGACGAAAAAAGCGGCGCAUCGAAACGAACACGCAAAAAUCGUGUCGUCUUCUCGAUAUAUUUAAUAAUUUUUGUUUGUCGUGUGUAUCUUCUUUUGUGUAUUUCUUGAAGAAAACGAACACUGAAGAAAACGCAAGUGUCAUGUUGCGUAAUUUUUAGGAACAUUUUUGAAGAGUCUGGGAAUUUCUUGGGGAACUUGGCAAAAUAAGGAAAUUGGGGAGUGGAGGUUUAGAAAAUACUAGAUGUUGUAUGUAGAUCGGAAAGAGGAGAUAUUUAAAAAUAUUCCUUUAUCAAAUCUGUUUUGGACCAAUUCAUGAAGAUAAUUUUUUAAAUCAAUUUUUCAACGGGUUCCAAAAAAUAUUCAUCCCAUUGUGAUUUUUUUUGGUCUUUCAAAUCAUCUGGAAACUUUUUAGUUGGAUUUCAUUUAUUUGAACUUUCAAAUAAUUUAAUUAAGAUCCACAUCUAGAAAAAUACCUAAAACUCAUUCCAAUAAAAAUUUCAACAAUUUCUUUCGACACUUUCUUUUCCCAUUGGUCAUUUCUAUUUACUCAGCCAGCGAGUUUUUAUUUUCUCCCGUUCUUUUUUUUAUUAUUUCUUUUUCACCCCAAUAGUGGUGAUAUGUAUUUGUUCAAUUGCUUUACUCGGUAAAUAGGUGUGAGAAAUCGAGAAAAAAGAAAAGAAAUUGAAACGAAUUCGCUUGUGAGCUGACGAAUUGAAAUGAGAAUGAGAAAAAAACAAAAGCGAGAAUUUCGGAUUGUCUCGAAAUAGAAAUUUAGAGAAAAAUGACUGAAAAUAUGACUUUUGAGCUACAGAAAUGCGGUAAAAUUCCACAAAUAACAAUUCAAAAAAAAAUAUUUUCAGCGGCAUCCGCAGCUUCAUCCCGCCAAGCAGCUGUAAACCGUGCCAUCGAACAAACCAAAUCCCGUCAAAGUGCAGCAAAUCAACCAUUGCGGGUCCCACAACGAGUGAACGUGCGUUUGAAUGCCGAACAAGCAACCACGGUAACAGCUUCUUUUUGAUCUUCCUUGAAAACAUCUCAAAAAUUUUUUGGAAAACUUCCAAGCUUUCAGACCAAGGAUGAGUGUAGAUCAAAAGUUUACUAAACUAAAUAUUUAGUUUUUUCAUGAUUAAUUAAAAUACUAAUGAAACACAGCACUCAAAUAACUUUUUCUAUUCAAAACAAAUUAAAAACUUUAUUUAUUUUUUGGUUUAUUUGGUGAAGGUAUAAUAUUUUUGCAUGAAUUAAGGAAUCAUGAACUUUUUAAUCAAAUAAUUCAUUUUAGUCGAGUCCGGGGAAAAGUGAAACAAUCGAUGUUGAAAAAUUGAAUCGAUUAAUUCGAUCAUUGGAUAAAACUUGGAUUUUACCAAAAACUGGUUCAAAAGAUCCAAUCGGCUCAAAUUUUCAAGUGAGUUUAGAACUUUUGAGAAAUGUGAAAAAUAUGCGAUUUUUUGUAGUACAAAAAAACUUGCGCUUCAAUUUACAAAGCUCGUCAUGGAGCAUGUCAACAACUUGGUUUUGGUGUUAUGUGCUUCAAUUAUUGUCACGAGAGAGGUAAAAUUUGAAAUAAAAAUUUUUAUCAUAAAUUUAAUUCAAGUUUUAAAAAUCUCGAUUUUCUUCCUAAUUUUUUCUUACUAUAACUUCUGAAUUUUUCGAAAAUAAUUUGGCAAAAUUUUGGAAUUUGAGCUGAACCCUUAAAAAAUUACAAACCGUAUUUGAAAAAAUAAACUCAGAAUAAAAAGAUUACUCUUUUUUCUCUUUUUAGAAUUUUUUAAUUUUGGCCUCAACCUCGUAUUUCUCAAUUCACAGUGUGUAAUUUACUACCCCAAUUCGCUAGACCUCAAAUCUUUCAAUCGUUUUUUGGGUAGAUCAAAAAUAAUUUAUCUCUAAAUCUCUCAUUCGUGCGUUGAUUUCGUCGAUUUUUAGUCCCAAUAAGAUCUCAGAAAUGGCGCGAAUUUUUUCGGUUGGAAAAUUACAACCUGUGAAUUUCUACUUCAAAACAAUUUCGGUCAUUUUCCAUUCCCAUUUCUCUUUUUUUGCAGGCGAGAAAUUGUCAUUCAAAUGUCAAGAUACAUCAGAUGCCACAUAUUGCAAACAAUCCGGAACUUUUGACACAUUUUUGGCAAAAUAUCGAAAAGAUGGUUAUAAAGCAAAAGCUUACAUUCAUCAGAUGAUUUCAAGAUGCUACGCAACAACAAUUUGUAAUACACAAUCUGGAAUUCUCAAUUCAACAAUCAUUGAUGAUGAUGAAAUUGUUGAGAAAACCACAAAAGUGAGUUGAUUUAUUGAACUAAUCUGAACAAAUCUAUACAUAUAGCAUGGUUACUUUUCAUAUUUUUAUUUCAAAUCGGCAUGAAAAAAUAUUUAGGCAAAUCGCUUGAAUAAAAUGUUGACGCGAAAACCAUCUGGAUCCAAUCCAUUGGCUUUGAUGAAGCUGAAAACCAAAAUAACCACAACAACUUCAAAACCAGAAGAGGAAGUUCCAGAGCCUGAAAUUCCAGAUGAUUUUGGAGAGGAAGAAGAAAUUGUCACAUCGACAACUGCAAAAAGACGCAUUAAUGGAAAGGUAUUUUUUUAUUUUUCUUAUUUUUUAGUUUCGAACUUUGAAUAUUUUUUUAUUUCAUGCAACUCUCAAAUCAUUUGUUUUUCAGUUCUCAAUAAUCACAAUUUAAUUUUAGGAAACAAUUAAAAAAUAAUGUGUUUUUAGAAAGCUCAAAAACCAGUGAAUACAACACCAAGACCAGUUCCAACAACAACAACCAAGGCAAAUAUUUGGGAUAAAUUCACAGUUGGAAUGAAAGCCAAACCGACACCAAAAUAUAUACCAUUUUGGCAGCGAUUAAUGUCGACGACAAUUAAACCAGUUGAUGGUGAAGGAGAAGCAUCAACACAUAUUGCAAGUUCGACUGAAGAAGAAGCAUUUACUGAACCAGCUGAAGUUGAAGAAGAAGAAAUUGUAAAUGAAAAACAUGGAAAAGAAGAAAAAGAAGUUGAAGAAACUGUGGAAGAAACUACAACAAAUGUUGAAACAACCACAAUUCCAGAAGAGGAUCGAGUUGUUACGUGAGGAAAAUUUAGGGGAAGGGUAGAAUAAUUGAGCAAAAAUUCCUUGAUACAGUAAUUUGUAUUCCAAAGUUUUUUACCAAAAUCUUUCAUAAUUUCCGAAUAUUAAAAAAUAUUUUUUCAAAUUUUGUUCUCAGAACACCGGAAAAAUUUUUGAAACAAACAACUUUUCCAAUUUUGAACAACUUUUGUCCAAUAAAAUUGGAGCUUUCGGCAAAUUUUGUUCUGUGACAGAAACUUCUUUUCAAUUACUUUCUGAAAAUUCCUAAUCAAUAAAUCUAACCCACUCCUAAUAAUAAAUCCUUGGUUUCAGAAAAUCGCGCGUGCACAAAACCCAACAACAAAAAUCCACCGAAUCACCAUCAACCAAGCACACAUUCAAACCACAACCAGUUACAGUACCACAAGUCGGACCAGAAUUAGCCCAUCAAAAACCCAAUGAUAUUGAAGAUUUGACACCAGGAAAUGCCGGAUUUUGGAAUACAUUUCAACCAAAUCGUUGGUUUGAAUCUAUUCAUUAUGUAACAAAUACUGGAAAAUAA